ACUGAGAAAGUAGCGAUUCGAGAGAGCGCGAGGAGAAAGCGAGUGGAUGCGUGGCAGCGACGGGCGGCAGUGGCUGACUGGAGCUCGUGGAGGAGGCGCGGCUUCCACUGCCCCUCCACUUAAGCAGCUGUAUGGACGAGCACCUCAGCCUCCUCCACUCGCCUCCGCCUUCCUCGACCAAGCGCCGGGCCAACAAUCUCGAUAACCACGGCUACACGGAAAACGAGCAAGACAUCAUGACAAUUGUUGCUUGCGACAACGUGCUGGAGGAGUCGGCGGCGCUGCCCGGGCACAACUCGCUGGAGCGCUACGAGCAAGACCACGAGUGUUGUGAGAGAGUUGUCAUCAACAUCUCUGGCUUGCGCUUCGAAACGCAGCUCAAAACCCUCCAACAGUUCCCCGAGACUUUACUGGGAGACCCCAAGAAGAGAAUGCGCUACUUUGACCCCUUAAGAAACGAGUAUUUCUUUGACAGAAACCGCCCGAGCUUCGACGCAAUUUUGUAUUACUACCAGUCAGGGGGGCGCAUUAGGAGACCCGUGAACGUCCCCAUUGACAUCUUCUCUGAGGAGAUACGCUUCUACGAACUCGGGGAGGAGGCCAUGGAGAAAUUCAGAGAGGACGAGGGCUUUAUAAAGGAGGAAGAGCGCCCUUUGCCCACCCAUGAAUUCCAGCGACAGGUGUGGUUGCUCUUCGAGUAUCCCGAGAGCUCGGGUCCAGCCAGGGGCAUCGCUAUUGUUUCCGUUUUGGUCAUUUUAAUAUCAAUCGUUAUCUUUUGUCUGGAAACACUGCCCGAGUUUCGGGACGACAAAGACCCGACUACGGUCGCUCCUCUUAAGAACGGAACUCUCCCGUACUUCACGAGUCCCUUCUCUGACCCGUUCUUCGUCGUCGAGACUCUUUGCAUAAUUUGGUUUUCGUUUGAACUGCUGGUCAGGUUCUUCGCGUGCCCCAGCAAAGCCACGUUCUCCAAAAACAUUAUGAACAUCAUUGACAUCGUGGCUAUCAUACCGUAUUUCAUCACUUUGGGGACCGAGCUCGCAGAAAGUCAAGGCAACGGCCAACAGGCGAUGUCUUUGGCCAUUCUCCGGGUCAUCAGACUAGUCCGGGUGUUCCGGAUCUUUAAGCUAUCGCGGCACUCGAAAGGUCUCCAGAUUUUGGGGCAGACUCUGAAAGCCAGCAUGAGAGAGCUGGGAUUAUUGAUUUUCUUUCUCUUCAUCGGGGUCAUCCUGUUCUCUAGCGCCGUCUACUUCGCCGAGGCGGAUGAUCCCGACUCGGGCUUCAGCAGCAUCCCUGAUGCGUUCUGGUGGGCGGUGGUAACCAUGACGACGGUGGGAUACGGCGAUAUGCACCCGGUCACCAUAGGGGGCAAAAUCGUCGGCUCUCUGUGUGCGAUUGCGGGCGUGUUAACUAUCGCUUUACCAGUGCCUGUAAUCGUGUCCAAUUUUAACUACUUUUACCACCGAGAGACUGAGGGCGAGGAACAGGCUCAGUACCUCCACAUCGGGAGCUGUCAGCCUCUGUCAUCCUCCGAGGAGCUGAAGAAGACCCGUAGCACGUCAUCACUCAGCAAGUCGGAGUACAUGGUCAUUGAGGAGGGCAUCAACAAAAUCCACCAGAAUGUUUUUCCAGAAGAAAUCCACCAGAAUGCUUUUUCCACAGAAGUCCACCAGAAUGUUUUGGAGGUCUGGCUGAAGGUUCGAUACGAGAUGAACUAUUGUGUCCUCACUAUCUUAUUAGAUUCUGUGAGCUGGUAAAAGUGGAACCGAAGGACCACGACUAUUACGCCACACUCUGGGAUAAAGUGCAAUAUAUGUGAAAGUUUCAUCACUUGAAGAGUUAAAGACAUAAACACUGAGCAGCGUGCACAGUGAACCAUAGCGCCUGCCGAUACACUGAUCGUUCACAAGGGGCUGCUCUAUCUACGCCAAAUGCUUUGGGCAGCCUACCAUCUCUAUCCACCCCAUAGGAUGGACAUCGCGCGUUGUCUUAACAAACAGCAAUGAGAAAUUAUAAGAAGAUGAAGCUUUAAAGGAGUUUAAUGUCUUGAGGCCGGAUUGCCUGUGUGGACCCCAGCUUGCCAAACGUAGGGGCUUGUGGACUGUUCCCUUCUCCUCCAUACUAAUGGGAGGAGGUGCCUUCAAAUAUCCCCCAUACAGUUUCCGGGCCCUGUUUCUCCCUGGCUAGACAGCCUCUGUGCACCACUUGCCUUUUCUGUGUUCAGUAUUAUGUCUCUUUACCAAAAAAAGAUGGACUUGUGUGUUCAUGUGCUUUUUUUUGCUGCUAAAUGUAAGACUCUUAAAGGCAAAGUUCAACCAAAAGAGAAAAUGUGCUCAUUAUUUUCUCACCCUCAUGUUAUUCCAAAACCAGAUUACUUUUUUCUACUCACUAAAGGAGAUGUUAGACAGAAUGUUAGCCUCAGUCAUCAUUCACUUUCACUGAAUGGAAACAGAUGCAUUUAAAGUGAAUGACCAGGCUAACAUCUCUUUUUGUUUUCCACAGAAGAAAGACAAAUAGGUUUAGAACAACAUGGGGUGAGUAAAUGAUGACAGAAUUGUCAUUUUGGAUGAAUUUUCAUUUUAACUCCACAUAAGUGCUUCUACACACCCCUCUCUGGAGGAGUGUGCUAGUUAAUCUAGAUCCAUCAGUUGUCAUGUGUCGUCAGGCUGUGAUG